UUGGGUAAUAUUUUUUUUUUUUUUCGUAAUCAAUUUUUGGGUAAUAUUUUAACAUAGGUGAAAGCAACUGUUGGAUUGUGAAGUAGACAAGUAGCAACCUUCACCAGUUUUUUCAGCCUGCUGAAAAAUACUGGUGAGGGGAUGAGAUUUCUAUUAUCUAAACCCAACGAAUUAGAGUGAAAAGCCUAAUCGACCAAGAUAUGAAGAAAGAGAAGUUUGAGGAAAGAGCAACAGAACCAUAUAGAAUGAAAAAGGAUUCAAAGGACAAAGAAGAAGAAGAACACGAAGACUCAGAGCAAAAGAGCAACGAGAAGAAACAGAAUCAAUACCACACAAUUUCGGAACCAUCACCAUCCAUCACUUUUCAAUCUCCUUCCCAUCGAACCCGCAAAUCCCCUUCGCCGCCGCUCCAUUCUCUGUCGGACUCGCCUAUCUCCGAUUGCCACUACUCCGCCGGUCACGGCGGCUCCUCCCCGCCGCCGCAAGAGCCGCAGGCGAAUUCAUCGCCGGAUUCAUCCAUUUCUGAUGAUCACUUCUCCGUCAAUUACGGAGUCCCUCCGAUCGAAAACCAACGGUUUUCUCCGGCGGAGGCGCCGCCGCCUGUUGUGAUGGCUCACCGGUUUCAGGUUGAGCCAAAGGUGGUUACCAAGGUAGAUCCCGGGGCCGAAGAGGGUUUCGUUGGCGUCAAAGAUGUGGAACAAGCCACCGAUGGCUACGGCAACGGUGGUAGUGGUGGUGGUGGUGGCAGUAAUCGGCGAUUGAGACCAGAUGUAUCGACUUUGUUGAGGUCCAAAAAAGUUGCUAUGUUGAGCAAGCUUUUGUUGGGUCUUAGAAUCGUUGCUUUUGUGUUCUGCUUGAUUUCUUUCUCUGUGUUGGCUGUUGAUAAGGAAAAGGGUUGGGCUGAGGACUCUUUCUAUUUGUACAAGGAAUUCAGGUACAGCUUGUCAGUGAAUGUGAUUGGGUUUGUGUAUUCUGGGUUGCAGAUAUGUGAUCUGGUGCAGUACUUGAUCACCAGAAAGCACUUAGUGGAGCACAAGCUAAAGGGUUACUUUAGUUUUGCACUGGAUCAGAUCUUGACAUACCUUCUAAUGUCAGCGUCAUCAUCGGCUGCCACUAGAGCCUAUGACUGGGAGUCUAAUUGGGGUGUGGACAAGUUUCCGGACAUGGCAAAUGCAUCUGUGGCUUUGUCCUUCAUUGCUUUUGUGGCCUUUGCCUUGGCCUCUCUUGUCACAGGUUCUAUCGUUUGUAGGUUCAGAUAGUUUAUGCACAUAAUCUUAGUGAAGUGUACAAAGUCUUAUGUACGAUGCUUGAUGAAGUUUUAUCCAUUCUGGACUGGAGAGUGCCCUGAAUUUUCAGAAAAAAUACUUACUUUGUAGAAAAAGGGAAAAUUUCACUUUAUGCUUGUGUCAGUAUUAUAUUGUACAGAUAGAAAUGGAUUGUGUUUUUAUUUUAUUUUUUGGUAAAUGAAAUAACAUGUCUUUGUAAUAACAUGUCUUUCUACUUUUAUAUUUAAUAAGAUGAUAUGUAGCAUGCUAUCUUCAUAAGUGAAGUGUACAAAGUCUUAUGUACGAUGCUUGAUGAAGUUUUAUCCAUUCUGGACUGGAGAGUGCCCUGAAUUUUCAGAAAAAAUACUUACUUUGUAGAAAAAGGGAAAAUUUCACUUUAUGCUUGUGUCAGUAUUAUAUUGUACAGAUAGAAAUGGAUUGUGUUUUUAUUUUAUUUUUUGGUAAAUGAAAUAACAUGUCUUUGUAAUAACAUGUCUUUCUACUUUUAUA